AUGGCGAGAACGAGGAUGUGCGAUCUGCCAGAGAAACUGAUUGGGGAGAAGAUACUGACGAGGGUUCCCAUAACAUCGCUGGGAGAGGUGCGAUCGACCUGCAAAUCGUGGGACGCUUUAACCAAAAGGUGGAUUUUGGGUAACGAAGCGACAUCAAAGGAGCAGUUUUUGGGGUUCAUGACGAUGAACUCCAAGGUUUGUUCCCUGAGCUUCCAGCUGAAGCACAAGGGCGAGGUUGAUCUGUCUAUAAAGCAGGUUAAUACGCUUGAUCAAGUCGAGAUAUCUCAAGUCUUUCACUGUGAUGGCUUAUUGUUAUGCGUCCCUAAGGACAUGUCGAAGCUCGUGGUGUGGAACCCUUAUUUGUGUCAAACCCGGUGGAUCGAACCCAGGACAAAGCUUAGUGGAUUUGAUAGAUACGCUCUUGGAUAUGACGUGAACCGUAACCACAAAAUCUUGAGGUUUCUGCAGGCCGACACUGUUGGACGAGAAAAGUACGAGCUGUACACGUUUAGCUCUAGUUCAUGGAGGGUCCUCGAUAUAACUCGCGACUGGGGAAUGGAACACUAUAGUGGCCGCGGAGUGUCUGUCAAGGGAAACGCCUACUUUUAUACUCAUGAGAACUCACGUCACGAGGAUGCAUUUGGAUUCGAGAUUCAAGAGACUCAAGAUUUCUUACACUGUUUUGAUUUCACAAGAGAGAAAUUUGGACCGCUUAUGCCUCUUCCGUUUCACUCUGGUAUGAGUGUCACACUCUCAUGCGUUAGAGAUGAGCAGCUUGCGGUGCUGUCUUACAACCAGGAGGAUGAGUUUUGUGGCAGUGUUGAAAUUUGGGUUACCACUAGGGUUGAGCCCAACUCUGUGUCCUGGAGCAAGUUUUUGAGAGUUGAAAGGGUCGGUGUUGAGUUGGACGCAUAUGAUGGUGGGAGCUUCUUCAUUGACGAGCAAGAGAAAGUCGCUGUGGUGUUUGCUUGUUACCGCACCGCUUUUAUCCUUAGAGAAGACGGAUACCAUAAAUCUCUGAGUCUCGGAGAAGCUUCCAUUCUCGUAAAACGUUCUAGAAGCGGGUAUCCUCUUCGGGAGACCGCACGCGUUUGCUCCUCCUCUUAUCGUCCCAGUUUAGUGCAAGUCUAG